UUUAAGUGAGAGAAGUGAGACAUCUAUUCGAACUGUUGUUGUUGUUGAACAUUCCAUAAUCUAAUCAUCUGUGAACGACACCUGUUUGGCGGGGAACUUUUAUUUGAUAUUGUGAUUUCGGCGUUCUCGCAGAGUGAAUUUUACUCCCCAGUUUUCAAGCUUCGGUCAGCAUGAGCAGUUCGUCAUCUCGGGUCUCGGGGCUUCUAUAUUUGCUACUGAUCUGCGUCGUAAAUGGCGCUGAUUAUCGGCUGGACGGAAGUGUCGUGCCUUCGUACUACAACCUAACCAUCGGCGUUCUGAGAGACUCAGCCGAGCCCACUCGAUUCGAUGGCGAGGUGAGCAUAACGCUGCGGGUGGUCGGUCCGUCGGAGGUGCCACAAAUCAUUCUGCACGCCGAUACACUUGACAUUUCGGAAUGCUGGCUGCUCGAUGCGGCCGGCGCUCAGGUGGAGGCCAUCGAUAUCAGCCGGCUGAUUUAUGAGGCCGCCACCCAACAGGUGAAAGUUCCGCUGACGCAGGCGGUGCAACCAGGCAAAGAUUAUACGCUGGGGUUCAAGUACACCGGUCGCAUACGGACGGACAUGGCCGGCCUCUUCUCCGCCAGCUAUGUGGAGCAGGUCACCAACGUGACCAAAUGGAUGGCCGUCACCCAGAUGCAACGCAUCAACGCCCGGCUCGUCCUGCCCUGCUUCGAUGAGCCCGCCAUGAAGGCCAAGUUUCAGCUGCAGAUUGUCCGGCCCAACGGCUAUCAGUCAAUUGGCAAUACGAAGCUCAGGGAAACCACAGCGAUAAGCAAUGAGCGCUUUGUGGAUCACUUCGAGGAGACCCCAGUCAUGUCCACAUAUCUGCUGGCUUUCAUUGUGGCCAGUUAUUCUGCCCGUGGAAAUGUGAGCGACUUCGCUGUGCUGACUCGUCCGGAGUUCUACAACAACACGGAGUUCAGCUACCAAGUGGGUCAAAAGGUGUUGCCAGCCUACGGGAAAUUGUUCCAGCUUCCAUAUGCUGAGCUGGGAAACGAGGUACUGCAAUAUGCAAGUUCUCCCAGGUUUCCACACAACGGCAUGGAAAACUGGGGCCUCAUCAUCUACAGCGAUGACGUCCUGAUCCAGGAAGCUGGUUACUCCGACGAUUGGUCGGACAAGGAGUUCGCCAUUCGAAUCAUCGCCCAUGAGACCUCGCACAUGUGGUUCGGGGACAGCGUGACCUUCUCCUGGUGGAGCUACUUCUGGCUAAACGAAGCCUUUGCCCGCUACUACGAGUACUUCAUGGCACACCAGCUCUAUCCCGAGUAUCACCUGGAUGAGCAGUUUGUGGUGCGACAAAUGCAACUGAUCUUUGCCACGGAUGCCCGGAACAGCACUCAGCCCAUGACGAGUCUGGAGUCGGAAAUCCAAACGCCCUCCGAGAUUGCCUACAAGUUCAGCGGGAUUGCCUAUGCCAAAGGUGCCUGCAUCUUAAGGAUGUGGCGAAAUAUCAUGGGGGCACAAAACUUUGACAGGGCCAUCCAGAAUUAUCUAAAGCAAUAUCACUUGGCCAACACUGUACCCGAAAAUUUAUUUUACCACCUCAAUGAGAACUGGCCCAAGACUCAGGAAGUGGAUGUGGAGCAAUUUUUCGACGAUUACACUAAGCAGGUGGGCUAUCCCCUGCUGAUAGUAAGACUAAUGGAUGGAAAAUUCCCACUAGUCACUAUACUUCAGGAACGGUUCCUGCUGGACAGGCAGGAUGGCAGCAGUAUUGGAUUGAAGUACACAGUGCCAAUAACUUAUACCACCAAUCUGGCACCCGAUUUCUAUAACCUGACACCAUCUACGUAUAUUCACAAGAACGCAAGCGUACAGGUCCUAAGUUUUGAUGAACCUAUUGAUUGGAUUUUGAUCAACCUGAGACAGUCGAACUACCAGCGGGUUUAUUAUGAUGCCACCUUGAUGAAAGGUCUUCGAGUUGCUUUAUCUGCAUCGAAUCACAGUGGAAUACCUGUUGAGAAUCGUGCUCAACUCAUCGAUGAUCUCUUUAACUUUGCGCGCAUUGCAUAUGUGGAUUAUGAAUAUGUCUUUGAAUUCCUGGAAUACCUGAGUAAGGAGGUGGACUACGUACCCUGGUAUGCCGUAUAUGAAAACUUGGACGUGGUGGCAAAGCGAUUGACGCCAGAACAGCUGCCCAACUUCCGCAAGUAUCUCUCGGACAUCACAAAGUCUGUGUUUGAGAAACUGGGAGUGGAAUGGAGUGACCAGGAUGGUCCGCUGGAGGUGGCCAAUCGGAACAAGCUGGUCAAGUGGCUGUGCAGAUACCGAGUCGACAGCUGCAGGAACAAGGUUAACGUCCAUUUCGUAACAUCCUCGGAACAACCAUCGCCGGACUACAGGCAAACCUUCUAUUGUGCAGCCAGCAGCAGCGAUUUCAAUUCAUACACCACGGUGUGGGGUCGGUAUUACCUAGAAACUCGUCCCAGCGAGAGGAAGUUGCUCUGGUCGGCAGCCAGCUGCACUACAGACUACGAAACCCAUUACAAGAAGCUGAUCAUCUCGGGUUCGGAGACUGUGGAGCAAAAGAAAAUUGGUAUAGCCCGGAUGUACGAGCAGAAUCCUGAAUUGGUCCAGCCCAUUUUCGAAAUGAUAACCGAGAACAUCGUGGUAUUGGCUUACGACUUCCAAAGUUGGCCGGAUACGGCAGAGGUGAUCAGCGAUAUGGCAGAGUACUUCACCACCCGGGAACAGCAGCAGUUGUACCAGGACUUCUAUGACAGCAACCACCAGUUAUUCGGCGAAUCGGCGGCGGUCCUCUUUAAAUCCUUGGAAUCUGUGAGGAAAAACAUAGACUGGGCUGAGAUGUAUCUUUCCGGUUUGGUGAAAUAUCUGGACAACAGAAAUGCCGGCUCCUUCCAGGGACCCACUUCCAUGAUGGUGCUGUUGUUGGCAGUUGUUGGCCUGGCUCUGAUUAGCUAAUAAGUUGUGGGGAAAUAAAGAGAGAUUGCCGUGGUCAUGCGCUGCGGGUGAAAUGCCCUUUUCGUGUACGCAAUUACUAGGCAAAAAGGUUUGGAUGGCGCUUGCUUUAUUAGGCCAUUAUUCACGCAGUCGAACAGCCAUUAUAGCCACGUCCUCUGGCCAAGUCGGUCUAUAAAAGGCCCCCGGCUGCA